AUGUCGAUCGCCCAAGCUCCGGAUAUCUUGCUAGUUAUGCAUGGCAAAUUUUCUAUCUGGCACUACUUGUACCCCAGAAAUGAGCAAGAAGGGCAAGAAAAGUCAGUUUUCAUUACUUGGCUGAUGAGCCUCAUCAGCUUGGAGGCCGAUCGCUGCUGUUGUUGGAGGCUAGGGAUGGCUACACAUCAGGUUGAGAGGAAUGUUGUCACGGUGCUUCUGCAGCGUUGGUGCAAACUGUGGAAUGCGCCGGACUCCCCAAUCUUGGAUUUGGACGGUUCUUUCAAGGAUGACAGCGAUCUGACCUAG